AUGGGGCUCAUGGCAUAUUAUCUCGGCAUCGAAGUAAAGCAAGACGAUAAAGGAAUUUUUAUCACCCAAGAAGGUUAUGCCAAAGAAGGCCUUAAGAAUUUCAAGAUGCAUGAUGCCAAUCCAUUUGGCACCCCGAUGGAAUGUGGCAGCAAGUUGAGUAAGCAUGAAAAUGGAGAGAUUGUUGAUCCAACUCUUUACAAAAGUUUGGUUGGAAGUUUGCGUUACUUGACAAGUACAAGGCCGGAUAUUCUCUAUGUUGCAGGAGUCGUAAGUCGCUACAUGGAAGCUCCAACAACAACUCACUUCAAGGCGGCAAAAAGAAUCCUUCAAUACAUCAAAGAUAUUGCUUUCACUUGGAUGUCAAAGAAGCAACCUAUCGUCACACCAUCAACUAGUGAAGUUGAGUAUGUUGCCACCACAUCAUGUGUUUGUCAUGUAGUUUAG